AUGUUCCGGGAGGAUGAUGAGAUUAGCGUCUCCAGACUCAUGAGUCUAUGGGUUCAUGAAGGAUUCGUGAAACCGGUUGCUGGUAAAAGCUUGGAAACAACUGCGAGAGUAGUGUACUUUAAUGAUCUCGUCCUCAAAAACCUAGUCGUGGUUCGUGGGUGGGGCUGCCGCAUCCACGAUCUAUUGAGGGACCUAUGCAUAAAGGAAGCCGAGAAAUAUAAAUUCUUCCGCACAACACACAACCACCCUGACCACGACCAAAGCUGGUGUGCCCAACGCCGUAUCAGCAUUCAUCAAGCCGCAUCAGAGAGGAAAUACACCCUUUCUCUAGAUGUUUUAGCAAGCCCACUCCCUAAAGCUGUGCAAUCCGCAUCACGUGCGCGAACUCUGAUAUUAGACUUUGAUCAAACUUUACCAUCUUUUGUUCCUUUUAGAUUGUUGAGGGUUCUGCAUGGAUACAGAAUAGGAGGAGAAUUUUGUCAUAUGGUCAACUUGCGCCACCUGAGGUUCAAACCUAUUAAACGGCAGGAGCUUGAAUUUUCUCCGGAAUUUUACCUACUCUGGAAUUUACAGACGUUAGAAAUAUAUAAUUCUUAUCGUAGGGGCGGUUAUGCUGCGGUGCUGGACAUCUGGCGGAUGACCCAACUCAGGUACGUCAUGAUAGGCAGGUUCCAGCUCACGGAUCCUCAUCCGAAAGAAUUCGAAAAUGGUUGGAUGGUGUUGGAGAAUCUAGAGACGCUACAGGGAGUAUGUAACUUGCGGUGGAGUGAAGAAGUGGUUGAGAGAAUCCCCAAUAUCAAGAAUCUGGAAAUAGAAUACGAUGAAUUAUUAACGGCCGCUGAUUAUGAUCUCGACAAUCUCUGCCGACUACAUAAGCUAGUGUCUCUUCAUUUCUGUAUUUUUUCUAGGAAAAGUGAGGUGAUGAUGAGGAUCACAUUUCCGGUUUCGCUCAGGUGGCUGACUCUUAACGGCACGAGGCUGGGGUGGGAGGAGAUGGGGACAACGAUACGCUCCUUGCCACAUCUCGAAGGCCUCAAGAUAUGGAGUAAUGCGUUCGUGGGGCCCGAAUGGGUAACAGCCGAUGGCGAAUUCCAAAGCCUGAGAUACUUGCAAAUUAGUAGGUGCUCUGAUCUGGAACAGUGGUGGGUGGAGGCCACGCACUUUCCGAGACUCGAGAGCCUGUGCUCUGAUCUGGAACAGUGGUGGGUGGAGGCCACGCACUUUCCGAGACUCGAGAGCCUCCAAAUAUUGUGUCUAGAUAAGCUGAUUGAGAUCCCAUUGGGAAUUGGAUAUAUAAACACGCUUAUGGAGAUCGACAUGGUUUAUUGUUCAGACUCUGCCGUGCUUUCUGCAAAGAAGAUAUUAGAGAAACAACAGGAAUGCUUUGGGGAAGUGGAGCUUCAGAUUGAAGUUUCUCUAGGUUCUUUUGUUAAAGGGAUUGAGUGCGCCUUGCUUUCUUCUUUCUUGCUUUUGCUUGAGCUACCUGAGUUGACGGCAGAAGAAGCAAUCGGGAGGGAAAGAGUCCAAGCGAUUAGCCCCAGACAGACAAAAUGUGGUUACUUGAAGCAGCCACAUACAGCGUAUAUAAGAGAACUGCUGCGGUCCCGCAAAUUGCAUAAAAGAAGAAAGGUCUUUGCGGAUCGUACCGUAGAAAGCACUACUUCCGACUUGAAUCACCUAGUUGUUUGUCUUUUUUUGGUUAUUGGUACGGUGUUCAGUGUACCGUAG